AUGGAUGCUGCGUCCUUCUUCGUAGCCCAAUGUGGCAACACCGCCAACUGCGCCGGCUACGCUCAGGCGCCACAGUCUGCCGGUGGAGCGUGCUACUACAUCAUCUCGGACGGCCGUUGCAACAACCAGCAAAGCUUCGGCGAUAUGUUCCGCUACUACAACACGAAUGGCGCUGGUUACACGGUUGGCAACGGUCAAUGCGGCUUCUUGUUGCCCAUUGCUGGGCCACCCCAGUGA